AAACAGCCCUUGGCAGUCGUGGGUCCAGGCAGCAGAGGAGCAUCAGGCACAGCCGUGCACAAGCUGGAAGGAUCUAUUACACUGCAAAAACCAGGAGAAGGCAUAGUGUGACCACACUGCCGCCUGAAAGGAGGAGAGCAGAGGACGGAGGAGUGUAAGCAGAGCCGUUUGAAUCAGCAGAGCUCAGAAGCACAGCAAAGAUGUGGAGGAGGUCAAAGGAGACUGAGGAAACUGCCGCUGGGCAGGCGGGGAAUAACGACGACCAAGAUCCCUUUGACAGCCCGUCUUCACGUAAAGUGAAAAUUAGUGCCUGCAAGACAGAAGAGGCCUGAGACGAUCAGCCCAUCAAAGAUCACGUAAUGUGGAUGUCUUGUCAAGAGAAUGAGUCUUUUGCAGUGGAGUGUGUGAACACUGCGUUACGCUGACUUCUGAGUGAGAACGGAAACGCGGCUCAGCUUAUUUCUUUUGUCAAGUGGAAACAAUCCAGUUUUUGAAAAUCCUGCUCUGUUUAGCAUAAUGGGAAGAAGACACAUGGAAUCACAGGCGCUGAACGAUGAGGAGGAAGUAAGAAGUGAAGCAAUCUUUCUUUUAAACCGCGAGAGUAACAAAAAAUGUCCACCGAAGAACCCUGAUGAGCUGAGGACCAAUAGGAUCAUCGGAGGAGGCCAACAACUGCCACCAAAGAUGAAAACUGAACAGGGCCCUCGUCUAAUACAAGACAGGAUGAAGCUCGAGUCAAAAGUCACUCCCCAAAAACUGUUCCUUCGCAUAAUUUAUCUCAAGCACUGCACAAGAUUCAUCCUGAGAUGUCAGCCAUGAGAAAAGCCUGAGCGAGCUUGAAGUUAAGUCUAAUCAGUUGCCGCACAGCACAUUCACACGCUGCUGUAAGAUCACCGCUAACACACUGUACUGUAUUAUAUUCUGUCUUCAACUAAUCAUUUCAUGUCGUGCGAUGUGUCUGAGGUGCUCGUCUGCUUCCUGUCUACGAGCUAAAUACUGUUCACUGUGGUGUGUUGUGUUCAGUACGUGUCCAUAAUCCUGUCGAAGUUCCAACCUGACAUGGUGCUUUAGUCAGGAUUAAUAUUUACCUGUCCUGUUCCCUCUCCUGCUGUCACGUUGCGUGUUAAGUCGACGAUUCUGAAGCAGUCCGUCCAGAAGACCAAGGUACGCAAGCAAAAAAAAAAAAGGAAAACAAACCACACAACCAAUUCACAGUCUUUAAGUGCAUGCCUCCAUGUUGUGUGACCUGCAUGUACUGUAUGACGUGGGCUUCUUCACUCCUUGAAAGGUGUCAUCCAGUCUGGAUGGUUCAGCUUUCAGUGUCACAACAGAUGCAUUCCGUUGUGACAUUCAAACAACCUCAAUUUGAAAACCAGCAGCGGGCUGUGGCUUAGGGCACUGAGCUCGAUUGUCAUGCGUCUAAGUCGUCUUGUAAUUUAAAGGUAAAAUGCCACCGUUCAAAUGUACGACCACCUGCUGAUAACUGAUGUGCAGUAAUUUGGCGUAGUUCAGUCACGCAGAGUUGAACUUUCUCUACAGGGGCAUGUCUAAAGGCAAGACCUUGUCCAAAACUUAAUUACAUGACUGGCCACCCCAGUGCCACCUUUAAAUGGCAGAAACCUCUAAACAUACAGUAAUUAAUUUAAAUAUAUAGCAAAAUGUCAAACAGCAUGAAUCUGUAAGUGGUGUUUCAGGUUGUUUGUUUGAACAACCAGGACUCUGUCCAUGUGCUGCCAUCGGCUUACAGUAUGACUAAAACACCAAACGGCAGUUUCUAUUAUCCUACAGUAAGAAUAUGAACCUGUGUCAUUCAUGCUAACACACAGCAGCACAGAGGUGCUGAGGGAAUCAGUGAGCAUUGACCCAUAACAGCUAUAAUGCACUUCCCCCAAUAUUCCUUUGAAUUCUUGUAUCACUGUGACACAAGUAGGUCACAAACUGAAAGAAUUAGGGCCAACACAUAAGCAAGUACAUUGAGCACAUGCAUUCUUGGAGGAAAUCAGAAGUUCAUACUAAAAAAUUAAAGCCUAUUUUAUCGGUAAACCGACAAAUGCAGUAUUAUUGUACCUAUUUAAACCACAGAAUUCAUCUCAUUUUACUGGGGUAUAAACACACUGCAAGAGUAAGAUAUUAAUUCUAAACAUUCUCUCUUAUGCAUCUCAUAGGUAAUAAAACAUAAACAUAGGCAAUUUAUAUAAUUGCCAUGCUUACGGAGGCCCUGCUUGUUUAUUUCUACUAAAUUUCUGCCACUGACUCUCCAUUUCUGCUGACUGACCCAUGAAAUCGAUGCCUAGCUAAGUCAUGCAGCUUUAAUUGCCAUACAUUAAUAUUUUGAUCACCAUCUCCAUGCAAACACUCCUAAUGAUGUACGUGUCAUCCUCAUAUCUCCCUGCUUGUUACCAGCAGCAAAUCCUGUGCAAAGCUGUCAGAGCUCUGCUGCAUAGCCGAAGGAUUGUUGUGUAGCACCUGCUACAAGCAAUUUACCUUCAACGCACUUCAGAAUGUAAACCGCUGACAGAAAACGAUAUUUUGUGCAGUUAAUAUUCUGCAUAUUGCAGGUGUUUCACGCCAAGUGAACAUAAUCAAAGGCCAUGGACCAGCAGAACCCAUGUGAUCAGCAGUCAGUGAUGCCCCACUCAGGAUGGCUGGGGUUAUUAGGAAGAAGUCCAAAGUGCCUGGUGUUAUGAUAACGCAGUUUAUGGAGAAACUUCCUGAGGGAAUGUCAACUCCAGAUUUCACCCGCAAACCCAUUGCUCUUACUAUUCAAGAAGGUAAAUCUGGAGCCUUUAAAGCCAUAGUGGUGGGAACUCCGACACCAACUGUGACUUGGACCAGAACCAAAGGAGAAAUACUUUUUCACCCUGAUCUGUGCCUGCAGAAGUAUGAUGCAGCAUCUCAUGAACACACUCUGGAGUUUCCCAAAGUGGCUCCAGAGGACGCUGACACCUACAAGUGCUUUGCAGCAAAUGAAUAUGGCAGAGCCGUGUGCACUGUUGUGCUGAACGUUAUUGAGGUUGGAUUCUCGAUGUCCAAGGAACUGAACAAGACACAAGGAGAAGAUAUAACUGACUUCAGGAAGAAACUUAAACAACGGAAUCCUGACGGGACACGUGAGGAGAAGCCAAUGGAGCCCGAGGAGAAGGUCUGGGAAAUUCUCCUUAGUGCCGACAAGAAAGACUACGAGAAGAUCUGUAUUGAUUACAAUAUCACAGACUUCCGUGGAAUGCUGAAGAAACUGACUGAAAUGAAGAGAGAGCGAGAGGAGGAGAUAGCAGAGUUUGUUACACACAUCGGGACAUUGAAACCUAUCGAUGUCCAAGAUGACGACUGUGCAACAAUCGAGUUGGACAUGGACCUCAAGGAUCCCAACAGCAAGAUUUACCUUUACAAGAACGGUGUCAUGGUUCCAUUUUCUAAAGAAGAUAGUGAAGGGAUGAAGCAUAGUUUGAAACAAGUUGGCAACAAAUAUGUGUUCACUAUUAAAAAAUUAGGCUCAGAGGACGCUGGACUCUACUCCGUAGACGUUGGGGGCGUUAAUGUGUUCUCCACAGAUUUUAAAAUAGCGGAAGUUGACUUUGCUGUCAAAAUACAAGAGGUCAAGGCAGAGGAGCGAGAGGACGCCCUCUUCCAAUGCGUUCUGACUGCACCUAUGAGUGAGAUCAAGUGGAUUGGCAAAAGCAGCCCACUGUCAAACAGCGAAAAAUUUGAAAUCACAGCAUCUGAAGAUAAGCUCAUCCACAAGCUGAUUGUGCGGGACUGUUUGCCUCUGGAUGCCGGUAUCUAUGCUGCCGUGGCAGGAAUCAAAUCUUGCAAUGCCUGGCUUGUAGUUGAAGCUGACAAAGAUUCUGCCAAGAAGGGCAAGAAGACGGCUCGCAAAACGACCAUGGCUGGAGUUUGUAAUGAUGAAGAACUGAAGAAAAUUGCCAAAGAACAGCAGGAAAGAUACGACAAAGAAAUGGAAAGAAAAAUGGAAAUCGCUAAAAAGGCUCAAGCAGAACGAGAAGCGGCCGAAGCCGCUGCAAUGGUGGAAGCACUAGCGGCUAAAAAGGCAGCGGCCGAGGCCAAAGCCGCGGCCAAGGCCGCAGCCAAGGCUGCUGCGAGGUCAAAGAAAGCAGCGGCUGGCAAGGAUGCAGCCGCGAGAAAGAUUAAGAAGAAAGACACUGGUGCUGCCGGUGGUGCAGGUUCCACAGCAGGAAGUGCUGGAGGUGCUGGAGGUGUCGGAGGUGCAGGGGGUGCCGAUGGAACUGCAGCUGACAGUAAAGCAGGUGCUGGUACUGGAGCUGCUAUUGGACCAGGAGGCGCAGCUGGGGCAGCAGGAGGCGCAGCUGGAGCAGCAGGCGCAGCUGGGGCAGCAGGAGGCGCAGCUGGGGCAGCAGGAGGCGCAGCUGGGGCAGCAGGUGGUGCAGCUGGGGCAGCAGGUGGUGCAGCUGGGGCAGCAGGUGGUGCAGCUGGGGCAGCAGGUGGUGCAGCAGGUGGUGCUGCUGGAGGAGCAGGCGGUGCUGCUGGAGGAGCAGGGGGUGCUGCUGGAGGACCAGGGAGUGCUGCUGGAGGAGCAGGAGGUGCUGCUGCUGGCACUGAAGUAGGAGGGACUGGUGGGGCGGGAGCGGACGGACAAGGAGUUGGAGGUGGAGAAGAUGAAGGUUUGGAAGAUGAGUUUGAUGAAGGAGACUAUGACUCAUUUGAAGAUUCUGAGCUUGAGGGAGAGGAAGGAGAAGAGGGAGAACAAGCAGAGGGAGGAGAAGCAGAGGGUGGAGUUACCCGAGGGAGACGUGGAAAAGAUGGGCCACUGGUUCCAGACACAGUGAUAGAGAACAACAUUGAUGAGAAAUCCACAGAUCAACCGGGUGAAAAAUCUUUGAAAAAAGAAAAGCGACUUAAAAAGAAAAAGGUGCAGAUUGAAGAAGCGGUCGUUGCAAAAAACGGAGAGCUGCGUGACGUUGAGCGUGGCCACGAGCCAGCAGCAGCAGGCACUGAUGAAUCUGCUGAAAAUGGUGAGCGUGCAGGUGGCGGUGAGCCAGCGGCAGCUGGCAAGUGUUCAGGCCGUGCACGACAAGGCCCAUUGAUCAAGGAGACAGUUAGUGACCCUGGAGUUCACUUCCAUGCUGGGCUUUCUGACUGCAAAGCCAUUAUUGGGGAGGCAGCAGAGCUGGAAUGCAAACUGAGCAGUGAAGACUGUACCGGAAUCUGGUAUAAAGAUGGAAAUGAGAUUAAAUCAUCUGAAGGUAUAACAAUAUCAAAAGACGGAAGUUUCCACAGGCUGAAAAUUCAAAAAGUAACAGAGGAAUUUGCUGGAACAUAUAAAUUUGAAGCCGAUGGACGGAAAACAGAGGCACUGAUCACUGUUGAAGAUCCACCCAGAUUUGUAGCAGAUGACCUGGCAGCGUUUAAAACUCCUGUAGCUGUAAAACGGGGACAUAAAGCUACCUUCAAAUUGCAUUAUAUUGGACGGGAACCUAUCAAGGUCCAGUGGUACCUUGAAGGUGAAGAGCUUUCAGAUGAAGGAAAUGUCAAAAUCGAGCUCCUCGAGGGCGGGAGCUACCUGCAUCUCAUCAAGCUGCAGCGCAAAGACAGUGGGGAAGUAAAGAUAAAACUCAAAAAUGAGUUUGGGACGACGGAAGCCAUCACCCAGCUUGUUGUGAAGGAUAAACCCACUCCUCCAAUGGGACCUUUGGAGACAGUUGAAGCAACCUCCUCUGCAAUUGAAUUCAAGUGGAGACCCCCGAAAGACGUCGGUGGGUGCAAGGUAGAUAACUACAUCCUUGAACGACAACAAGUUGGCCGUAACACCUGGAAGAAGCUGGGGCCAAUUGGUCCAGAGCCCAAAUACAGAGACACUGACGUAGACCAUGGCAAAAGGUACUGCUAUCGCAUACGGGUGGAAACGGAAAUGGGCCUCAGCGAGCUCAUGGAGACGGAAGACAUUCAGGCCGGGACAAAAGCAUACCCUGGGCCUCCAUCAGCACCAAAAGUCGUCAGUGCCUUCAAAGCCUGUAUCACUCUAUCUUGGAGUCCUCCUGCCGACACCGGAGGAACCAGUAUUUUGGGAUACAACCUUGAAAAACGCAAGAAGGGCAGCAACCUGUGGGGCCAAGUCAAUGACGCUAAUGAGAUGAUCAGAGACAAAGGAUUUGCUGUUAAAGACGUGGUUGAGGGUAUGGAGUACGAAUUCAGAGUGUCAGCAAUCAAUAACUCUGGUGCGGGUGAAUUCAGCACACCGUCCGAGUUCGUGUUCGCCAGAGAUCCGAAAAAGCCUCCUGGUAAAGUCAUCGACUUGAAAGUGACAGAUUCCACCUACACAACCCUGUGCUUGUCUUGGACCAAACCCAAAGAGAUUGAGGGGGUGGAAGACGAAGCCAAGGCAUAUUUUGUGGAGAUCAGACCUGCAGAAAGCACCGAGUGGGACCGCUGCAACACAAAUGCAAUAACAAUGAAUACCUAUACCGUGAAAGGUAUGAAGUCCAUGGCCAUGUACUGGGUGAGAGUCAUUGCUACCAAUGAUGGAGGACAUGGACAGCCACAGGAGCUGGAGAAUUUUGUCCUUGCUAUGCCUCCGCCUGUGAGGCCACGAUUCACAGAUGCUAAAAUGAAGAGUUUUAUGAUCGUGAGAGCAGGAAAUUCUGCAAGGUGCAACAUUAACUUUGAGGCCUCACCUUGGCCUGAGGUCAUAUGGUUGAAGGAUGGCACGCCAGUGACCAAAAAAGUGACCAUUAGCAAUGCAGAAGGUACGUCACAGCUUCUCAUUCCAACCGCCGAACGCUCAGACACUGGAGUUUACAGCAUCAUGGUGAAGAACAUUGUUGGCCAAGAAACAUUCAGCAUUGAAAUUAGAGUCACAGAUGAGCCUCGACCACCAGGUCCUGUGGAUAUUGAUGAAAAUGUGCCGGGUACUGUCACCAUCUCAUGGGCACCAUCUCCAGAUGAGAAACACGAUGACAGGCUGCACUAUGAAGUGAUGUCGCGUGAUUCACACAAACCCACCUGGCAGACAGUCGCCCAUCGCAUAUUUAACAACAGAUUCACAGCAUGCAACAUAAUGCCAGGUCGGGAAUACCAGUUUAGAGUUUAUGCAAAGAACGACAUGGGCGCCUCAAAACCCUCUGAAUCGACAAAGUGGCUGAUUCCUCUCAAGAAAGAGAAGUUCACUGUGAAGAUGCCCGAAUCAAAAAUGUGCGACCUACAGAGCGCUCCAAAAUUUAUUGUCCCUCUGAAGAUGCACGUUGCUCCACAAGGGUAUGAAUGUUACAUGAGCUGCGCCGUAAAAGGGGAUCCAACACCUCAUGUGACAUGGCUCCGCAACAACAUCAGUCUGAAUACCAACACCAACUACCUGAUCUCCAACACCUGUGGAGUGUGCUCUCUGCUGGUACUGACAGUUGGAUCUAAAGAUACCGGCGAGUACAAAGUUGUGGCAGAAAACCCGCUGGGAAGGGCGGAGAGCUCCACUAAGCUUACAGUCAGAGAAUAAACAACACACUAAAUGGUGAAACAUCAUAAAACACCUGACACCAGGUUAUUAAUCAUGAAGAAAAUCUACCAUCGCUAUGGAGGUAGUAGAGGCAGGUUAGUCUGCAGUAGAAUGAUAGUGCUUUUAAUUUUUCUGUCAACUGUGUAAACAAAGUCUAACUUUAUCCCUGAAGCCAUAGUCUUGGGUCUCAUGAAGGUCAAACACAAGAUCAGCUCUUUGGCUUUACAAUAUUAAUAAAAUGUAAGCCUGAAGUA